AACCUCAAAAUGAAAAACCUACAUUAUAACACAGACAAGAAUUUGAAUUGGUCUUGAUUUUAUCUCAAACAAAUCUGAAGGAGGUUUUAGGAACGGGGCAUCAAACAGAACAGAGAAGUGGGCUUUCAGUGGAAAGAGUGAGCGAACGGCUGUUAAAAGGAAGUCAGUGUGGUCUGCAGAAACUAAAGCUGCUCUCACCGACAGCAAUAAACCAGAUGAAGGCAGACUGGAUUAUCAUGAUUCUCAUUUGUUUUAUUACCAUGUCUGGCUUUUGGAUGCUGUUGGUUCCAGCUGUUGAGGUCCAGCAGGUCCACUUUGGUUCAAACGUCACUCUGGGGUGCAACAUCUCCUACCUGUACGACACGACAACGUGGCUUAAACAAAACCCAGACCUCAUUCCAACCAUGGUCCUCCACACCAGCCUCCGGGAGGGACGGCCGGUUGAGUUGUUUCAGCUCAGUCUUCGUCAUUCAGCGAGUCUCAUGAAUCGGUCUCUAGCGCUGAAGAUCACUGGUGUUGAGGUGGGGGAUCUGGGCCUGUAUUACUGUAUAGCCAACAUGAAUGGGCGUGUGGUAAUUGGGAAAGGAACACGGAUUCAAAAUUCCUCCCAGUUUCUGUUCCAGCACUGGUAUUCUGCAGCUGUGUGUUCUGGGUUGCUGAUUAUGAUUCUGACGGUUUGCGUCACUCACUGGAAAACCAGACAGAGGAAGAGGAAGACCACCAACAGGAACUACAGCAAACAACCAACUAAAGUACCAAACGAUGCCACAGUACGGCGAGUUUUCACACUGCAAUCAUUCAAUUAGCCGAUUUCACAUAUAUGGACCAACUAUGAGGCUAAGUUGUUUAUGUCCUUACAAAUAUCACAGGGAUAUUAUUUAUUUUCUUUGUAUUUUGUUCUUGCUUGUGUUUUUAUUUAUGCAUUUAGUUUGUGUAAUUUUGUUGAGUAGUUUAAUGCAGCGAAGCCACCAGCUUUCUCAAAAAAAUACUUUAUUUAUUUGUUAUACUUGUACUUUGUAAAGAUAUAUAAAACCAA